AUGAUAGAGAAGCUUCACUUUUUCCUCCUACCGUGCUUGUUGAUGUCAUCGCCGACAUUGGAAGUGCUGGACUAUGGUGUUCUCUCGCAGAACAUCACCGGCAGCAUCGCUGAAGCAUUGGCGAAUGCCACCGAGGUCGACGAUUACGAGUAUAAACUAUUCGAUAACUAUUUUCCACUGCUUCUGGUAUUGAUUUCGUUACCGAAAAACGAAACCGAAAGUUUGGAGAAGUAUAUGAAACAACGCACGUAUGCAGAGCUGAAGCGGAUGAUCGACGAAAAACAAAAGGUUAGUGACAUUAGUGAACUGGUUUCCGAACUGGAGCAGAACAACACCGAUUUGUCAGAGUUCGUCGCCGUCGUCAACAAUCAAAAGUAUCUAGAUCUCCUCGAGGCCUACCAUAAUGCCUCUAUUUACAACGCCAUACGCGGUGUCUGGAGUUCACAGCUGAAUCCACUUUUACCGGCGAUUGAUCAACUCGCUAUACUUGAAUAUUUUGCUGAAAGGCGAUCGAAUGAACAUUUCCGCCAGUCAUUUUGGUCGCGGUUAUGGGCGGCGAUAAGAAGUUGGUUGACAGGAAAGAAGGAAUACAUUGAAUGCAACGCAGAUGAGCCCCGCUGUAUGCGACGCAUAAUAGAACGACUUCCUCUCGAGAUGAGAGUGGAACUGGAUCAAGCCGCCGAGACCGACAACCUCAACAUCGUCGAUAACAUCAUCACCGAAGAGGUAAGGGACAUACCAGCACCAUUCUUCUAUUGA